AUGGCAAACGACAUCAACGAAGAAAACUCGGACAUGUAUGCUGGUCACCUCAAUCUGUUAAUCGCAUGCGCUCAUGUCUUUCGCUGUUCCCCAAUCACUCUGCUCAGUCCUCGCUGCGGCCUCUGCUACGACAUUCCAACCGUGAACAAGACAUCGGUUGAUGGUACUACGUCUCUUUGGUCUCAGACUCCCAUCCGUCUGCUGACCCAGAUCUUGACGCACCCUAUCUUGAGAGGCAACAAAGAUCACCUCGCCACGAUCCUGCAGUAUGCAGUCAUCUUGAGAACAGAUGAUAGACGACCGUGGAUCAUGGCUCUGCAGCAUCCAACUCCUGGCGGUCCCCUGGCAGAUCUACAAAAACGCAUCAAAACAACCAAGACAGUUGAUGGACUCCUUACCCGCUCGGUGAAGGAUCUUCAUAGUUUCGCUCGAAUGGCGAAUGGUUUCAGAGAAGCGUCUGUAUUGUCCGACCUCAUGUCGUCUCUCGAACACACCAUCGAACGCCCUGCUUCACCUAAGAACGGAACUAGAAAUCACUUAGAUGUCCCUCUGUAUCAUGUCACAGCUUGUGCCAUCAAUAACCCAGAACUAAAUGGGAUAUAUACGCUUCCCACUACCGGCAAAUGCUAUGGACUGUUCCUGGAAAAUACAGAGGAGUCCGAUGAUGAACUUGACUUCGACCAGCUAGCUGACUUUUACCGUCGAGCUUGGCACUCUGAGUUUCAGAGAAUCGAUGACUCCAUUUGGGACGGUAUCAAGGUGGAGACAAAGCUAGCUCAGAUCGACUAG